AUGUUCGCUAGGACCAGCGCCUUGGUGUUCUCCCCACAAUGUGGGCAGAUCAGGAACAUGGCGACCUUGAAGGACAUCACUAUCCGCCUGAAGUCCAUCAAGAACAUCCAGAAGAUCACCAAGUCCAUGAAAAUGGUGGCCGCCGCCAAAUACGCGCGAGCUGAGAGGCAACUCAAGCCCGCCCGGGUCUACGGCACCGGAGCCCUCUCUCUGUACGAGAAGGCGGAGAUCAAAGCGCCCGAGGACAAGGCGUCUAAGCACCUGAUUAUCGGCGUGACGUCUGACCGCGGCCUCUGCGGCGCCAUCCACUCGGGUGUGGCCAAGACCAUCAAGAACGAGAUCGCCAACCUGACCGGCAGCGGCAAGGAGGUGAUGGUGGUCAACGUGGGCGACAAACUCAGGGGCCUGCUGCACCGGACUCACGGCAAGCACAUCAUGCUCAACUGCAAGGAGGUGGGACGCAAGCCCCCCACUUUUGGGGACGCGUCCAUCAUCGCCGGCGAACUGCUCAACUCUGGUUACGAGUUUGACCAGGGAGCCGUCAUCUACAACCGCUUCAGGUCGGUCAUUUCCUACAAGACGGACCAGCAGCCCCUCUUUUCUAACGAUGUGGUCGCCAACGCAGAGACGAUGGGCGUGUACGACGACAUCGACGCCGACGUGCUGAGGAGCUACCAGGAGUUCGCCAUGGUCAACAUCAUCUACUUAGCCCUGCGCGAGUCGUCCACCAGCGAGCAGAGCGCCAGGAUGACCGCCAUGGACAGCGCCAGCAAGAAUGCUUCCGAGAUGAUCGAUAAGCUGACGCUGACCUUCAACCGCACCCGACAGGCCGUCAUCACCAAGGAGCUGAUUGAGAUCAUCUCCGGAGCCGCCGCUCUGUAA